AUGGGCGAUUCUGAAGAUAAAACAACUUAUGCAGUGUGUGCCAUAAUAGUAGCGGAGCUGGAAAAACAAAACGAAAACAAACGGCGUAGAAAGAGGGGGCCUACCAAAACUUGGAUAAAAAGACGAACAGAUAAAGGGGCCUUCUUGAACUUAAAUCUAGAGUUGAGAGGCGAGGAUCCUACUUCAUACAGGAGGUGGCUGCGGCUAACAGAAAGCCAGUUUAAACAUCUUUUGAAUGAAAUUUCCCCCAGAAUUCAGAAGCAAAAUACAAAGUUUGGGAAGCCAAUAUCUCCCGCUGAGAGACUGACUGUCACGCUCCGGUUUCUAGCCACUGGAAAUACAUUUAGAGACUUAUCUUGGGAAUUCAGAAUUGGCGAAAGAACGAUAUCUUACAUAGUCACGGAAACAUGUGCCGCUUUGUACGAGACCUUAAAAUAUACAUUUCAAGUGCCAACAUCGAAGGAACAUUGGAUGGCUAUUGCCAAGCACUUCCAAGAUCGGUGGAAUGUGCCCCAUUGUUUGGGAGCCAUUGAUGGAAAGCAUAUUGUGAUGAGGAAGCCCAUCAACAGUGGUUCUCAUUACCAUAAUUACAAAGGGACUGAAUCAAUUGUUCUUUUAGCAGUUGUGGAUGCAAAUUACACAUUUCGAUAUGUUGAUGUUGGCACACAAGGUAGGAUCAGCGAUGGAGGUGUGUGGAACAAAUGCAACUUAAAGGAGCUUAUAGAUGUAAAUGCUCUUGACAUACCUCCAGCUCAUCCGCUUCCAGGUCAAGACAUAGUCACACCAUAUGUCUUCUUAGCCGAUGAUGCUUUUGGCUUGAAACCGUAUAUCCUGAAACCUUAUGGUGGAAGUGAUUUGACUCUGGAAGAACGGAUAUGCAAUUACAGGUAA